CCUUCGCGUCGCGGUGAUCGUGCGGGUCACCCGGGGCGUCGGCGCGGUUCAAGGACGACGUUCGCAGCCCCGAACCACACCACAUCAUCAUCGCACACACAUAAUCGGCCUCAGAUAAGAUAGCGCCACCGAAAAAUCCGAUCGCCGGCGUCAUUGCCUCGCCGUGUAUUCAACUCCGCACAGUUUUCUACUCGAGUUCCAUACAAUUUCUAGUCAGUUCCUUCGAGCCUCGCGUUCGCUCCACGUCCGCCGUCUCGUCGUAGUGUUAUAAGAUGCGCCCGAAAUGCCGCGCAAGAACAGGUUCUUGCACGUGCUGCUCGGUAUCUUACUCGGUACGUUCGUUUCCGUCGUCUUCGUGGCUCGCCAUCGCGGCUCCUCCAUGUGUUUACCGCCGGCGAAAACGGUCCGAAGAAAACAUUUGGAUCCCUUGGAACUAAUCGGUGUUAAUAAUAAUUCGUUAGAGGACAAACAUCUUUUAUUCGUCGGUGUGAUGACCGCCGCUGGUUACUUGGAUAACCGUGCGGAAACGGUUUAUAAUACCUGGGGGAAAGAAGUACCGGGAAAAAUCGCGUUUUUUAGUUCCGAGGGUUCUUAUAGCAACUCGAUCCCUUUGGUCGCUUUAAAAGGGGUCGACGACAGUUACCCACCCCAGAAAAAGUCCUUCACCAUGUUAAAGUACAUGCACGACCACUACAUAGACAGGUUCGAGUGGUUUAUGAGAGCAGACGAUGACGUCUAUGUAAGAACGGAUCGUUUGGAAGUACUUUUAAGAAGUGUCGACAGCAGGAAACCUUGGUUUAUAGGGCAAACAGGUCGCGGAAACACCGAAGAAUUUGGAUUACUAGCUUUGGAAAGUGACGAAAACUUUUGUAUGGGCGGACCGGGGGUAAUUUUAAGUCGAGAAACUCUAAAAAGAAUCGCUCCUUACUUGGAGGAUUGCCUAAGAAAUCUUUACACGACCCACGAAGACGUUGAAUUAGGGAGGUGUGUGAAGAAACAUGCAGGGAUUAGCUGUACGUGGUCGUAUGAGGCGAGUGAUUAUAAACAGAUGCAAGUAAUUCUUUACCACAACCAAAGCGGUUCAACAGCUUUUACAGGCGAUUUGAAGCAAAAAGAAGUCCACAAAGCCAUAACAUUACAUCCGGUGAAGCAACCGCAAUACAUGCAACGUUUGCAUAAGUAUGUUAAGGGCUUGAAAAUACAAUCGCUGAGUCAAGAAAGCGUGGAUCUUCAUCGCGAUAUCGCUUCUUCAAUGGCACAAUUGAACGUUCCAAUUUCAGAGAUAUCGAACGCGGAUUUAGCCAAAAACAUGAAAUUAUUCGACGAAGAAGCGGGAUCUGACGAUUAUUUAGGCGAUCCAACAAUUUUAGGUAUUCCUCCGAGUUACUCAAGAUUUAAACCAAAAGAACUCCGAGAUGUCCUUGAUUGGGAAUUUAUCAAUAGAACGGUGUUUUCAGCCAAAGAUUUAAAUCCUAAAAGAAGAAUACCUUCUUCUAUGAGAGAAGGAAUCGAUGAUAUCCUUAGAGAGGCAAUGGAUAUUAUUAACCAAUACUCAAAGCAACGAGGAAGAAUCAUCGAUUACAAAGACAUUUACUACGGUUAUUGGAGAUUAGAUCCAAAAUAUGGCGUUGAUGUGAUUUUGGAUCUUUUACUUGUUUAUAGAAAAUACAGAGGACACAAAAUGACGGUUACAGUUCGAAGACACGCAUAUAUCCAACAAACAUUUACAGGUAUAGAAGUUCGCGAAAUCGACAUAAAUCAACCCUACACUGAAGAAACCAACGAAAAUAACCUUCCAUUUCACGAAAAACUCAUCAAACAAAUUUCAAGAAUAAGUUCAAAUCUUCAAUUAACAGAUAUAUUCGAUUCGUCGUCUUCAAAUGCAUCGAAGAAAAAACGUAUUAAUUUUAUUCUUCCGUUGAGUGGUCGAUUUAAAACUUUUAAGCGUUUCAUGGACGUUUACGAAGAAGUUUGCAUCAAAGAGAACGAUCCAACGACGUUAAUCAUCGUGCUGUAUAAAGAAAAUCUUUACGAUUACGAGGAAAGUUUAGGUUUAAUCGAAAACGUUCAAAUGAAGUACAAAAACUAUGAUAUCAAAACGGUUUUGGUGAACGAAACUUUCGCGCGCGGUCGAGCGUUGCAGUUCGGAGUUGAAACAACGAAUCAAGAUGAUUUAUUAUUUUUUAUCGAUGUUGAUAUUGUGUUUAAUGCGAAAAGUUUGAUGAGAAUUCGACAAAAUACUAUUCAACAUUUUUCGGUGUAUUAUCCAAUUGUUUAUAGCAUGUAUGAUCCUGAAUUUUUUGGUAAAAAAUAUGAUAUCGAUGAUUAUAAGUUGUUUGAAAAUGAGUCGUUGUUGAAUGAAGAUAAUGGUUUUUGGAGACAAUUUGGGUUUGGGAUUGUUAGUUUGUAUAAAAGUGAUUUUAUUAAAUUGGGGGGUUUUAAUACAACAAUCGUUGGUUGGGGAAUGGAAGAUGUUAAUUUUUAUGAUAGCACAAUUAUGUCGCGUUUAAAAGUGGUGCGAAGUGCUGAUCCAGGAUUAAUUCACGUUUACCAUCCAGUGCAGUGUGAUAAUGACAAUAAUUUAGAUAAUAAUCAAAGGGCUAUGUGUCUAGGUACAAAAGCGAGCACAUUUGGCUCGUUAAACGACCUUCAGAUAUACUUUUUAAAGAAUAAACAUUUGUUUAGCUAGUGUUGAAACUAAUUAAAAAAAAACUUCUAUAUAAUAAAAGUACCAAUCAAUUUUUGCUGUGAUUUUGUGCUACAUAUUUAUGAACAAAUUUUAAGUUAAAGGGAAAUUUAUUUAAAGAAAUGGUUUUAUCAACAAGUGCCUUAAUAAAUUAAAAAGUAAUUAAAGUAGUUGCCAUUUUCGUUCCUACAUCGAUGAUGAUUUAAAAUGAAAGUGAAAUGUAAUUUGUAAUUUUUAUUUUUAGUGUUUUCGUUUGAAAUUAUUUGCAUUUCAGAAUGCUCACUAGCUCUGUAUUUUUGUCUGUAUGUAUCGUGUAAAUAAAUUAAUUUAUACAUUUAAAA